AUGAAGACCCUGAUACUUCUCUGUGUUUUUAUUGGCGCUGCGUUCGCCCAAGAAAUUGAAUAUUACAAAACAGCAAACGACUAUUUAGACAUGAACGCCGUGGUUGAAGAUCCACAGCAACUACAGGAAUACGUCGACUGCUUUUUAGAGAGACAACCUUGCGCUGAGGUGCCUGCUAGUUAUUUGGCUGUGAUUCCCGAUGCCAUACAAAAAGCAUGCACAAAAUGUAACCCUGCCCAAAAACAUUUGGCCAACACCUUCCUGACUGGUUUACGUAAGAAAAUGCCCAAGGAAUAUGAUAAUUUCUUUAAGAAAUUUGACCCUGAAGGAAUAUACAUGGACAGCCUUUUGGAAAGUAUUAAAGGGUAUUAA